GCAGAAGUCAUUUUUGGGUGUAGAUUCAAUAUCUCUAGCUGAGCGGAGACAGUCAGAGUAGAAAAUGCUGACAGAAGCUCCACCAAAACAUGCUUGACACAUUUGGUCCACAGUGGUUUUGGUGGCCCGAACAUCAGCACUUCAAAAGUCACGCGUAGACAUUUGUUAUCCUCAACGGUAUUCAUAGCUGCAUGUGAGAGAAGAGAAGAAGCACAGAUAAACACAGGAGAGACAGAGAGUCACUUUGACAGAAAAUCACAUAAAAAUUCAUUUAAAAAAUCAGACCCCUUUGGCAGUUCGAUUUGAAGAAUCAUGUCACCUGUUGUUCAUUUUGGAUUGCUUAUGGCAUGCUCAGUUCUUGUUGGGUGUAGCAGUGUUGCUAACAAGGAAAAAUGGAUGAAUCUUCUUGAGAGAAAUGAGAUGAAGUUUCCUGAAGAAGUCAAAAAGAGUGAUGGAGUACAAAUAGAGUCUGAGAAUGUCAUUGCCUGCUGGGUUUGCAAGAAGUCCGUUCAUCAGCUCAAGGGUUUGGUUCUUCAUGAGAUUAAUAAGGAAAUAAAGGCUGUGUGUAAAGCAAUGAAAGUCUUCAACCAUAUCUGCAAGCAACAGGCAUAUAAAUACCAGCUCUUUGUACUUCAUCUGCUGUUUCCUCAUAAUAGCAGUCAAACCUGUCAGCAUUUGAAGAUGUGUAAAUAAAUGUGUUUGAUCUGCUGUGAAUAAACAUGGUAAAUCUUUGAUAAUGUUUUGAAUAAAUUAAAAUUAUUAAUUAAAAUAUGUGUGUGCUUAAUGCCUUGACAAUUUUGUUUUUAAUAUAAAGUGUGCAUUGUUACUUCUGUAGUGUAACUUUUGUGAAAUCUUAAGUCAAAGAUUCAAUAAAUUGUUGGUUUAGAACCUUUCCUGCUUCUCAUGUCUGAUAAUACUUGAGUCUCAUUUGGUCGUCCUGUUUUUAGUCAGCUAAAUUAUUAAACUAUUUUUAUCUACAUGUACUAUUAAUGUUUAUAUUGAUGUAAGUGUUCUGACCAGUGAUUGAGGAAUAUUUGAACACGUGACUGCUGACAUGAUACUCACGCGCUACCUGCCCAAGGGUGAGCGGGACAUCCAAUUUGAAAUACCUAAAAUUAUGAUUUUGUUGUAAUUAACGUUUAGAAAUAUUAUCAUCAUUAUUAUACACAUCGGCUAAAAUUACAUCCCACCUACUCCAGUGGUUAAUUUAAACGCACCCGCCGUGAGCGCGUCGCACCAUGUCAUUCCUGAGCGGCGGGUUUUUAAACUGAGGUAAAUGGGUUUACCGGUAAAAAAAACUCGAUUAAAUGGGCAUAUAAAUUAUCAUACCUCGUACAAUUAAGCAUAUAAACAUUCGUGGUUACAUUUUAGUCAGGGUGGAGCGUCGGGAGACAAGUUUUUAUCUUGAUAUAAGUUGUUUAGUCAAAGAAACUAUGCUAAAUGUAUCGAGGAGAUUAUAAACAUGCGGGAAUACGCAUAACGUUUGCAUUGCGAUGUUUAAUAGUUAUAAUACAUGUACACGCAGGGGCAAUUCUGAAACUCCGGCUGAUUUGAUCAUUGAGACAUGAUUAAAUUGAGUCUACCGUGGCUCGAAACAGCCCCGUCUGGAGCCGCUCACAGUCUGCAGAUCCGGCGAGGUCCACGGAAAACAAGGCCGGGCUCGGCGGGUCGGAACUCGGCAGACUCAUCGCAGCAGCCGCGCACAAAGACACCCGGGCCGACUCUGCUAAUCCAGAGACAAGAGAUGGCCGCCUUCUUCAGACUGUUCGAUGAUGAUCUAAUACAGGACUUUCUGUGGAUGGACUGCUGCUGCAAACUUACUGACAAGUAUUUGUUGGCAAUGACAUUUGUGUACUUCAGGAGGGCUCGCUUCAGUAUCGGUGAACACAGCAGAAUAAACUUCUUUCUUGCUCUCUAUCUGGCAAACACUAUGGAAGAGGAUGAGGAGGAGACCAAAUAUGAGAUCUUCCCCUGGGCUUUGGGAAAGAGCUGGAGGAAACAUUUCCCACGAUUCCUGAAGCAAAGAGACCAACUGUGGGCACGUAUUGAGUACAGAGCUGCUGUCAGCAGACGAUGCUGUGAGGAGGUGAUGGCUAUUGUGCCGUCUCACUUCGUCUGGCAGCGGGAGCGUGCAGAGCAUCACAGUGGAGCCCAGAGACUCCAGCAAAACCGCGAAGAGAUCCUUGUUCCUCGUGGACCCGCUGCUUCUCCAGAACCUUGCUUUCUGUGUGCCAAAACUUCUGCCCUUCCUGUGCCUCGGCCAUCCUCUGCUGGACCCCGCUCUUCAUCGGCACCCCUGGAGAGAAAAGCUUCACACAGAGCCAGCAAGACGACCAAAGCCCAGCACACCUGCAAAUACAAGCCUAUUGCAGGAAGUGAUGUGGUCAACGAAAUGUGUCAUGAUCACUCGAUGGACUGGAUCAAUGAGGAGUAGCUCCAUCAUCAGGCAGAUCAUAUACUGUAUGCUCUGUUGCCUCUCAAAAUGACCUUGUACACCAUUGGGGAUUAGAGCUACAGUCAUAUUGUUGUUCAGAUUAGAUCUAAAAAAACAUGUCAGUCAAUCCUCUCAAUGUGUGAAAGUAUGAACAUGCACUGUAUCAUAAUCCUUACCGCUAACAAUUUCUUAUUAUUGUACAAUGUAUUUCUCUAAUAUGCACUUUGUGAUUGUUAAAGUCUUGGACGAAAGUGGGAAUGAAAUGUUUGGGUGUUAAAACAUUGAUGAAAUAAGUAUAACAUUUGGCUGAUAAUAUGAAUAAACACUGAUAAUUUAUUCCAUCAA